GAGUAGUUCACUUCUGUUCGGUGUGGUGUUGCGGUGAUUUUGAGGGACCAGCUAAAGAGAGCGAGAGAGAGGAGAGAGACAGAGAGAAAGAGAGAGAAAGAGAGAGAGAAAGAGAGAGAGAGAGAGAGAAAAAGGGGGGAGAGAAAGAAGAGAGAGUAAGCUCUUACGCUCGCACGCGCUCAUCAAGGGUGCGAGAGAAGAACCUGGGUUCCCUUUGAAAGACGAUCAUCGCAUCCGGAGCGAGCACGUAGAUUUGUCGUAAAUCUGCGGUAGAUACGCGUCCGACACGGUGCGAAAUAACUAACUAAAUCGACCGUACAUCGAGAGGAGAUCACGUCGCCGCAUCGAGCCAUCAGGGUCGUCCGUCGUCGACGACCGUGCUGGAUAGGGUACGGAAGAAGAGUGCCGACAUGUCGGCGUUGAACGCCGCGCUUUGUAGACGCGGGAUAAUCCUCUGGCUGGCCGUCGUUCUACUGCUUGCGUCACGAUCCACGCAUUCUGCACCGGUAUAUGACCAGGAUACCACACAGAUCGCAGAGUACGAUGGAGCCACCCCUGGAUGUUACUUCAACUACCAGCGGUAUCAAGAAGGCGAUAGGAUCAUGACAAGUGAACCAUGUCUAAACUGUACGUGCCACAACCGAAUGUUGAUGUGCUACUUGAAGGUUUGUCCCUUCACGAAAGCGAUCGGUCAGGAUUGCACGGUGGAGAAACGUCCGGAUCAAUGUUGCCCUGUGAUCACUUGUCCGGAAGUACCAGUUCAACUAUUGACAUCAACAACAAGUGCACCGGAAUCCACGGAAGUCGGAUUCCAUGACAAUUAUGGCUGCCAUGUCGACGAAAGGUUUUAUGCAGACGGCGCUAUGCUGCCAUUGGAUCACCACAAUCCUUGUGAACUUUGCUAUUGCAUUAGAAAUAGAACCACUUGCGUUAUGCAAGAGUGUACUUUACAAGUGGCUGGAUGUAAACCUGUCUAUCAACCGGGUGUAUGCUGUCCGAUCAAAUACAAUUGCGAAUACGAUGAGGAAUCUAGCACUACGGUUGGUUCAACUCCCGGUCUCAUCAUGACCACAACACUACCUCCUGGCAUGUUACCUCAAUGUUAUUACGAAGGUAAAGUUUACGAAGACGGUGAUUUGAUUUACUCCACUCAGCCUUGUCAGCAUUGCUAUUGCUUCCGAGGCGAGAUCGCUUGCGCUGUGCAAAAUUGUGGAACGCCGAUGCAAGAGCAUGGAAAGAAUUGCACGGCUUUACCGCCGCCAGAAGGAGAAUGUUGUCCAACCAUAUAUGAAUGUGAAGAAGGAAUCACUACAGUACGAGAUGAAGGUGAAGAACAGUUUCCGGAACAAGUACCACAUGGUCAAAUGACUGAAUCUCCUAUACUGAUUGAUCAGGAAGAUCAACAAACGAAGGGCGAACAUCCUCAAGAAGAAGCAUUCCCAGGUAUCGACAAUAAUAUACCGUAUGCUCAAGAAGAAGAAGACAAAACUGUUCAAGGAACUAUCGAACACAUUACCCAGGGACACAUUCCAUCUACCGAAAAACCUGAAGAGGAAACCGCAACACUGAUAGAAAAUAUAGAAAUUACUACUGCUGAGAAAGAAGUUAUUCCUUCUCAUGAACAUAUUACCGAAACUUCUCCUGAGAUAACAUCGGAAAAGGCAGAGGAACUGCCUUCUGAAACAGAAGCAACAAAAUUAGGAGCACCUACGACAGUACAAGGAACUGAAGAAAGUUUAGUUACUGAAGCACCUGCCACUGAAUUACCGGAAGUUUCGUCUAUCGCAGAAGGCUUGCAACCCGAAGAGGAGUUAACAACAGAACACGUACCUAAAGAACAUGUAAGUACAGAAGAGAAUAUAAUUGAAGAGGAACAUAGUACUCCCGCCGCCACUGAAAGGGGACAAUCGAUCGAACCUUCCAUUAGCGAAACAACUCAAACCGAAGGUCCGAUAAAAGAAGAAGAGACUACUAGUCCGCACGAAGAAUUGUCAACGCAAACACAAGAAGAGAUAACACAAGAAGGACAAAUUAGUUCAGAAAAACCAGAGAGUUCAACUAAAGCCAUUGAGAAAACAACAUCGCCAAUCGAAGAGCUUGGUAUCAGCACUGUCUCUGAAUCUGUUAGCGAGCAACCAAAGGCAGGUGAAGGUAAACCAGAAACUAUGCCAGGUGUACUCUUAGCAACAGAAACGGAAUCACCGAAAGAAGAAGAAACUGUGACUUCUGCUCACGAGGUAUCCACUGAACAAAUCACUACUGAAAGAGAAGAGGUGUCGCAUCCAACGGAAACCGCUGUUACGGAACAGUCAACUGAAAUAAGUGGCCCUUCUAAAGAACAACCUGUUGAAGAACAGAAAUCAGUGAUAAGCGAAGGUGAAAAGGAACAACGACCGGAAGAGACAACAUCCGAACACGCAAUAAUUGAAGAGCAAGCCACUGUUGGCGCUAAGAAAGAAGAUGCCGGUUUGACUGAGAGCUCAGUAACUAGUGAAGAAUCUCUCGUCACGGAAGUGUCACAUACAGAAGAAAAAUCAACUCCGGAAAUUCCAGCUCAAGGUCCAACUAGCAUACCGAUUCCCGAACGAAGUCCAGAACAGAAAGCAGAAGAUGGGAGCGUAUAUCAUGUGACAGAAGACUAUCACGGUGUCACUCAUCCGGAAAUUAGUCCCGAUAAUCUCAUAACUGAGGUUCCGCAGAAAAUACCUGUGACUCAUCUCCCGCAGGAACAAGAGACUACGCUAGCUCCAUCAGAAGAAACUGCAAAAUCAAUUGCGACGGAAGAUAUUGAAGUUUCAACGGAAGGAACGACAAAAUCAAUAGAAGAAGUUACGGAAAUAAAUCUAUCAACUGAGAGUAAAUCUGAAAUCACUACAGUUUCUGAAGAAACACAAAGCACACCUGCUGUCAUCGAAGUUCAGAUUAGCACAGAAUCUUCUACAGAUAUUAUUGCUCAAAGAAUACCAGAAGAAGAAGCACCUGAAAAAUCUACUGUGCCAGAGGAAACAGUAAGUGAAGUACCACAAACGGAAAUUCAGUUAACAGAAAAGUCUCCUAAUACUGAAGAAAUGCCCACAAAAGAACUUGAAGAAUCUAGUGAAAGUUCUGGGAAAGUCAGCAGUGAAAAAGAAAUGCAACCAAAGAAGGAAGAAGAAACACAACCUCCAAUCGUAACAGAACCAGAAACAGCUUCCGAAAUAUCCACAACUAUUCCAGCGGAACAUUUAACAGUGCCUUCAGAUCUUGAGAAAGAACAUACAACAGAAGAUGAAUAUGUUACUACCAUUAUUUCUUCUACUGAGCAAUCAACGCACGCUCCACAAGUUGAAGAGAAAGAAACUGAAAUAAUUCCUAUUGAAAAAGAAGAAACAAUUACUGAAAAACCAGUUGAGGAACAUGUUACGGAACAUCCCAUUACAACACCAGACAUAAUUGGUGAAAAAGAAAAAGAAUUACAAACUGAAGAAUCUUUGAAAGAGGAGCAAACCACGGAAGCGAUAAAGAUGGAAGAAGAACAUACAACACGAAUUCCUGCCGUUAAAGAAGGAAUAACUGAGCAACCCGAACAAUAUUCUACAAAGAAAGCUUUGGAAGAAGCUGCUGUUAUGGAAAGUCAUGGUCCAGAGGAAACAGAAAGUACGAAAGCCGUGUCAACAGAAAGUGCAGAACAACAAACUACUGUUACUACAGUAACAGAAAAGAAACCAACUGAGGAAACUGUGGAAUUAAAACCAACAGAAAUUAUCGGCAUUGAGCAAACAGAAUUGCCCGUUGAACAUAUCACCGAAGCAGAUAAAAUUGAAGAAGAAGGUGAAGAAAAGAUUUCUGUGCCUGUAUCCACAGAGGGAAUACAAACAGCAAUUCCUGAAAUUGAAACUGAAGCCACUGAGAUAACGGCGGAACCAGAAAAGAAGCAGACUGAGACUCCUGUCAGUGGAAUACCAAGUCAGCCUCCGAUUCCUUCAGAUCGCAAAGAAGAUCAGGAACCGAUUGAACCAGAACUAAACGAAGAGCAAUUAACACAGAAACCCGAGAAAGAAAUAACUGUGUAUGAAGAACCACAGAAACCGACAGUUCUUCCUGAAGAAGAAAUAUCUCACAUUCCAUCUUCGGAAGGUACUAUUACCGAAUCUGUUUUGCCGGAAGAAAAACCGGUUGAGGGUAGUACAACAGAAUCUACUAUUGGCGAAGUUAUUACUUCAGAACAGCCUGAAAUAUCGAGUGAACAACCGGAAGAGGUCACAACCAAACUAUCCGGACAGGAGGAACAGACUCAAGAGCCAAUUACUGAAAAACAGCCUGAAUUAUCGAGUGAACAACCGGAAGAGGUCACAACCAAACUAUCCGGACAGGAGGAACAGACUCAAGAGCCAAUCACUGAAAAACAACCAGAAAUUCAUGAAAAAACAGAGAUUGAAGCAUCCAGUCCUGCAACUCAUGAAGAAUCUUCGACUUCUGAAGUUCCUACAGAAUCAGUUGAAGACAUAGGUGUCAGUAAGACAACCAAAAUCGCGGAAAGUGAAGGUACGACGAUUCCAGUAUUAAUUUCUGAAGCAUCAACUGAACUGUCUGGACUUGAAGAAUUUACGGAGCAUGAAGUUCCUAUCGAGAAAGAAGUUACACCUGCAACCGAAUCUAUACCUUCGGAAAAAGAACAGCCAGAAAUACAAGAGCAAGUCACGCAAUCAUCACUAAAGGAAGAAACGCCAAUUACGGAAAAAGAUGAAACGGAAAGUCCAGCUGAAAUAUCCACAGAAGAAGGUAUAAUUUCUGAAACACCUAAAGUAUCGAUUACCGAACAACCAUUGAAAUCCGAACAAGAAGAAAUUAUUCAAAAAAUGAUUACGGAGAUGCCGGAACAUGAAGAAAAAGAGAUAUAUUCAACGGUUGUUCCAAAAGAAACAACUCAAUAUACAACAAUCAUUCCAGAAGAAAUUUCUGUAGCAGAAGAAAGUACAGAGUUCACAUCUCGUCCGUCGGGUAUUCCAGGAGAAGGUAAUUGUCUUGUUGAAGGACAAUCUUAUAGCAAUAAUUCAGCCGUUCCACCAGCAAAUGCGUGUCAGAUCAGUUGUCAUUGUAUUAGCAGUAUUGUACAAUGCGAACUCGUGCAAUGUCCUGCCCCGCCAGCGCAUCUAUCGAAUUGCAUGCCGGUUCACACAAACGGAGAAUCUUGCUGUCCAAUGUAUGCUUGUGAUUCCACACCGACUGCUGAAUUGGAAUCCGAUAGUCAUGUAAUCGAACCUGUUUCCGGAGAAGAAGAAAUUCAGAAGACUGUUUCGCCUACGGAAAUACCAGAAGAAGCUGCAACAGAAUCGAGUACAUUAGCUGGUGAAAUUAGUACUUCGAAGUUACAACCUGUAGAAAUCACUGUUCCUUCUAUUACAUCUGAAGAAGAAACAGCAACUGAGAAACAACAGACCACUCUCAAACCUAUUGAAACGGUUUAUGAACAGCCCACUACAGUUCGACCUAUCGAGCAAUAUCCUGAGGAACACACUAUUAGUUCGGUACCAGAGACAUCACAAGAAUCCUCCAGUCAAAUACCUGAAGAACAUACUGUGUCACCAAUUAUACCAGUAGAAACUACUGAAAGCAAAAUCAGUGAGGAAGGCAUAACAGAAUCAGCGGGUUUGACCGAACAACCGCAGGAAGAGACUGGACAAAAACAGAUUCCUAUUAGUGGCGAAGCAAUUACUUCCACGCAGAUGCCUACCGAACAGGAAUCUCACAGCACUGAAAAACCUGUUACGGUUCCUAGUUUGACAGAAGAGAAAGAGACUUCUGUUCCUGUCGAAGUAGAAGAAAGUUCAAUACCUAUUGAGAAAGGACAAGAAGUGACAACUACAGCAGCUAGUAAAGAAACUAGUAUGCCGACCAAAGAACAGGAAAAACCUACCGAAGAAGAAGGUAUCGAACAACAAUCUACAUUUAAACCAAUUGAAAAAGAACAACCAGAAGAAGAAAAAGUUUCAUUAAAGCCAAUUUCUGAAGAACCUGUUACCGUCGAAGAACAGGAAAUAUCUACGAAAUCGGAAGAAAUUUUAACGGAGAAACCAGGAAUUCAAGAGGAACAAAGUUCCGAAACUUCAGUUCCUGAAAUACAGUCAACGACUGAACAUAAGCUCGAGAGUGAAACUGAAAAAGAAAAAGAACACGAGAUUACAUCAACUGAAACUGUUCAAACCGAGGAACCAGAAAGUCAAACAAAAUUACCUAGUAUUGUUCCAAGUGAAAUUGAAACACAGGAGCCAAUUAUACCUACUGCUGAAUCGACGACAUUGAUACAUGAUCAUACCGUAAGUGAGGAGGCGUCAACAAAGGAAUAUACAACUAUAAAAUCUGUAGAAAUUUCUGAAGAAAGCACAAAGACAGAGUCGGAAAUUACAACUCAAACUCCUGCAACUGAAGAAGAACAUGUUACUGUUGCUAUCUUGCCUGAAACAGAAACGCCUAUCGAGGGAACUACUAAACUAGUCGAAGAAUCUACUCCUGAAGUUUCCCAUGAAGAAACAUUAUCUGAAACAACAGAAAGCGCAAUAGAAAAGGAAAUUACAGAAUAUCCUGGAAAACAAACAGAACCAUCAAUUAUAGAGCACGAAGAAGAACCGUCAACUACAAAAUUGCCCGAAGAAAAGCCAUCGGAAACUGAAUCUUCAGUUAUUAGCGAGGAACCAGCGAAAACUGAACCUACUGAAGAAUAUGAGAAAUCUACUGAAGAAUAUGAGAAACCUACUGAAACUAGCGUUGCUCAGGAACUAGGAAGUACGCAAGUUUCCGUUGAGAAGCAUCCAGAAACUACACCCGAAAUUGAAUCUCAUACGCCUGAAUUACCUGCCGAAGAGCAUACUGAGGAAAUAUCAACGAUAUCUGCAUCUGCAGAAGAAAAAGCUGACGAACAACCCACUACACCGAUCGUAAAGGAAACUGAGUCAAGUUUGAGUGAAGCGGAAACUGAACAGCCUGUUAUUUCAGAAUCUGAAACAUCAGUUGUAGAAGAGGAACACGUCACUGUUCCAAUUGUAGAGCAAACUUCAAAAUCUGAGUAUCCUAUCGAGGAACAGACUGUUACUUCUCCCAGCGAAGAAAAAAUAACGGAAAGCGUUUCGACAGAAGUUAUACCAGUAACGAGUCAAGAGGAACAAAUAACUGACAAGACAAUAGAAAGUGUUAAACCAGAAACACAGUUACCUGAUUUAGCGGAGGAAUAUACUGUUGUUCCUGAAAUUUAUAAAAAAGAUGAAGAACAGAAACCUGAAAUCGGAACAACGGAAAAACCUGGUAAAGAGGAAUCAACUACGGUUCCGGAAUUAACAGGUGCAGGUGAGAAAGAAACGGAAGAAGCUGUUAAAGAGGAAGCUGUGACAUCUAGUACUAUAGAAGAGCAUACCACACAAGAGCAUACCACACAAGAGGAAAUCGAAUCAAUUGUAAAAAUACAUGAAACAACAAUUAUUCCAAAAGAACAGAAGCCGGAAGAAGAAGGUCAAAUUACCGAAGCUACUUUACCGGACCAUCCAGUGAGUGAAGAAGCGAUAACCGUGACAAGUUUGACACCCGAAGAAUAUUCAAUUGAACCGGUAAAGACAGAAGAACAAAGUACUCAUGAAUCUGAAUAUCAGACAACGCUAUCUACCGCAGAAGUAUCGCAGCCAGUGACCGAAGUAGAGAAACUUCCACCCGAAGAAGAAACUGCUACAGCUGAAAGUACAGAGAAGCCAGAAGAACCUGUCACAAAACUUGAGAUGAGUUCAACCGAAAAGCCUGAGGAAAUUCCAUUUGAAACGGAAAAGCCUGAGGAAAUUCCACUUGAAACGGAAAAACCUGAGAAAAUUCCACUUGAAACGGAAAAGCCUGAGGAAAUUCCAUUUGAAACGGAAAAGCCGAUUGAACCAGAAAGAGAAACAGAGCCGCCCGAACAAGGUGAAACCACUACAAAAGCAAUUGAAAGCGCAGUAACCAAAGAAAUAUUACCAGAAGAACCGGUUUCAGUAGAAGUGACUCCAAAAGUUGAAGAGAAACCGACAGAAGCUUCUACAGCAGGAGAAGAAGAGGAAGUACAUUCUACCCAAUCCACAGAAACUACUUCUGUUUAUAAGGAAGAACAAUCAUCGAUAACUAAAUUAGAGCCUACUGAAAGGCCUCUUCCUUCUGAGGAAGAAACCUCUGCUGGAGAAAUUCAGCCUAGCCAACCAGAAGAAAGCGAGGAGGCCCAUUCAACUGUAUCCGAAGAGGGUCAUCCGAGUAUGACCGAAGAACCUCAAUUUACUACGGAACAUGUGCCCGAACAUGUACCUAUUACGACAAAAACAGAAGAGCAUCCGGAAGUAGAAGUACCAGGAACUAUUGCAACCGAAGGUCCAAUCAAGAUUUCUAGCGUGAAACCAACUGAAUUUCCUGAAGAGACAACUACCGUCGGACCAGAAGUAGUAUCAGAAGUAUCCGAAUCCCAAAUCCCGAUAAAAGGAGAAGGUCCGCAUCCGGAAAUGCCGGUUGAAGAACCUAUUAUAAAAACACAGCCAAUACCCACGGAAUUACCAACUGGAGAAAUUACGGAAGAGAUUCCUGAAGAAGAACCCAUUCAUCCACAAGAAGGUGAAGAGCAGACUCACAUUGACCACUUCCCGGAGGCUACCGUGAAACCAGAAACUGAUUAUGGUUUCCAUGAACAACGACCAGCGACUACUCCUCAUAUUCCGGAAUAUCCUGAUCAAAGCGGAAUAUCGGGUGAAGACAAUUCUCACUUCCCCAUACCCGGCUAUCCGAAUCCCGACGACGACUAUGGCGAGGAUGAUUAUGGAGGACCGGGAACUUGUCGAUACGGCGGCAAAGUUUACGUUUCGGCACAACAGAUACCGAGAGACGACCCGUGCGACUUCUGUUUCUGCUUCAGGAGUGACAUCAUCUGUCUCCAACAAAGUUGUCCACCGCCUAUUCCGGGCUGCCAUGAGGAACCGAUCAGCGGUUUCUGCUGUCCCAGAUACGAGUGUCCCGUAUCAAUGGCUACGGCUCUUAAUUUGACUACUACCACUACUACGACCACGACCACGUUACCACCGCACUUUCCCGCGCACGCUUAUAAAGGAGCCGCGAGGCGAAGCGGUUGUCAACUUAGUGGCCAUGCCUAUCGAGUGGGAGAAGUCAUUAAAUCGGCGUCUAAUCCUUGCCUUCGCUGCAUUUGUGGAAAUGAUGGUAAAAUGAAAUGCGAUCCGCAAGUAUGCAGUCCGGAACCAAUGCUAAGGCAAAUGAUAGCUGCGACUACAGACGCUAAAAGAAGGAGAUGAGCCGCCGAAUUGGAUCAAGGGAUUCAUCUUUACAAAGAAGCAUAUAUGAGGGCGAAAAAGUCGACAACAGGAAAAAAUUCAGUGUUGUAUAAAAGUGAAUGAAAAUUAUUCUAAACUACCUAAACAUUUCGCGCGAAACACAGACAAUAUUGUGCUUCGACGAUUACGAACUGAGUGGCCAAAACGUAAACGUUUAUAUUAAUAAUAUUAUAUUAUGUUAUAUAUAAAUAAAAGAGAAAGAGCAACGGAGAAAGAAAAAAUGGAGGAGGGGAGGAGGCAUACGGAUUGGAGAAUCAUAGGAGAUUAAUUGUGUAUUAAGACGUGUUAUCGGUGCUAAUAUGCGAACACGAAAGGAGAAAGUUAGACAUGGAUGUAGAAAAUAUAGACAAAAAAGUCGAAAAAAGAAAAAAAUUUGUCGUGUAACGAACAUAAUUCCGCGUUCUGUCUCGCGUGGGAUAUUUUAUAUAUGCCCUAAAAAGACGAAAAAGAGAGGAAAUUACUGAACGUACGAGACUUAUGACUGUGCCUUUAUCAGUGUCGAAUAUGGCAUUGGUUUCGUUUCGGCAACGAGCGCCGUCCGCAGCCACGGUCAUCGUCGUCGGUAUUAAAAAAAAAAGGAAACACGAAAAGAGAGAGUUGCGAUCAUAACUCGUAAUGGGGAGGAAAAAAAGAAGAAAAAAAAAAUGCAAUGAAUGCAUUUUGUAUGAUAAAUAAGAAAUGAAUAAAAAGAUAAAAGGAAGAAAAUAGAAUCGAAAGAAGAAUUCAAUACGCCGGCCGAAUGAGUCGUGCAAUAAUAUUGAAAUAGCGAAGGAGAAUCGUACGAAGGAUACCUCAAUUCGCAAAUUGUUUAGCAAGUUAGAAGCUUUUUUAACGUUUUUUCUAUGCAAACUAUACGUCCAUGGUAUUCCUCCUACGAUGCAACGUCGUAAAUUGAAAAAAAUGGGGAAGAAACGAGAUCACGAUAUUCGGCAUAUUCUUACUGCUUUUACGGUGUCACUGCGACAAUCUUAAGCGACGAUGAUAUAUGUAUUUGCUAUGCGAUCGAGCGUGUUCUGGAUCGUUUAUUCGGCUGCUAUGUAUGUCCCAAACGACCGGGUCACAUUACUCAAGUUUGCUGACGUUCAUGCGCACUCGGACACGAUCGAGAUUAUGGAUCGGCAUAACUAGAGCCGGCCGUGCUUCCAGUAUUCUUAAGCAGCAAAGAUCUUAUUCUUUUUGAAGAAGAACUUCCGAUUAAGCUAUCUUUUUUCUUCCUUUUUUAAUUGAUAUGCCAACACCAUACAUAUACAGUGCCAACGAUCGUAUCCCAGUGCGCGUGCGAGUGUGUGUACGUGCGUGUGUAUGCAUGGUGCAUGUGAUAUGUUAAUGGAGAGAAAGAGAGAGCGAAAGAGAGAAAGAGAGAGAGAGAGAGAGAGAGAGAGAAAGAAAGAGAGAAAGCCAGAGAGACGAAAGAUACACGCAUCUCAAAGCUCAAACAGCGGCUCGCGCGGAGGACCGAUCCGAGAAUUUGCUUCUCCGGCGAGCUGGCGUCAUUAUAUAUAAAUAUAAAUAUAAAUAUAAAUAUAAAUAUAAAUAUAUAUACAUUUAUAUAAUUCUUUAUAUACACUGUACCCUCCUCUGAUGAUAAUACUUAACGAUAACGAUGUUCUAUACGUUUGUACGAAAGUAUAGCUGUUAAGAGAUGAGAGAUAAUCGCCCGUACCGGUUCUUCAGUCUCAAAGUAUCGCGUUAGAAAAGAGAAAACGAUAAAAUCUUCGGAAUCUCUUUUUAAGUCAAUUAUUUAUCUUGAUAGCGAUGAUACUCGACUCGUAUGAUCAUCGUUUAAUAAUGAAAGCAACGUCACGCUUUGAGACUCUGGAACUCUGCAGGCUCUUUUUAGUGUAAUAAAUAGAACGAAUGUUUUGUAUAUAUAUAUACAUAUAUAUAUACAUAUAUAUGUAUAUAUGAUCGCACGAAAUACUGCGCAUACUGUCUGUAUAAUAAUGGAACGAAGACGAGUCAACUUUCGGUCUUCCUGAUAUCAGCGGCCCGUUAAUCCUAGUUACUCAUUUAUUAAUAAUUAAUUAAGCCCGUAUCUGCCCCUGGGACAACAGCUUCUCGCGAAGAACUAUCAUGAAAGCGUUUUCCUCUUUUUCUUCACGUAAAGGAUCUCUUUCGACAUGAAAGAUCAACGUAUUCAUGGAGCUUCCACGACAACUCGAUCGUGAUAUACAAAGUGGCCAUAUUAUUACUGUCACUGUUUUCAGACGUGAAUGAAACAAAUUUCCCAUGCAAUAAUCGAUAAUAAAUUUUUGAUACACGUAUAAAA